AUGUUAAUGCUUAUAAAAGCUCAAAAAGUUUCAAUAAACUCUUAAGACCUAAGUGAAGCUACUUUCGGUUUUAAUCAUGGCUAAAUUGAUGCUAGGUGGAUGUCUUGGAUAGAUUAAGUUUCUAUUAUGAUCUAUACGUAGGCUUAAUAACUUGGUCUAGAUGCUCAGUACUUGAAGAAUUAAAAUUUGGUAGAAUUAGAUAUACAAAGAGCUCAUUUCAUUGUUAAGUUUUUUGAUAUUAUGCCUGAAAAUAAAUUGAAAGUAUUAAGAAUAGCGAAUUUUGACUAGUUUUCUUCAAGACUGAUUGACUCUAUCUUGUUUAUGAAAAAGCUGAAAGUUCUCUGCCUUAGUGAUUAUUCUAAGGCAUCUCAUAAAAGAUUAGUUUUAGCUUUCAAGGAUUAUACACCAUCAAGACUCAAUAAUUUCACAAAAGAUUUUAUAGACAAAGAUAAAUUGGGCUUGCUUGAAAUUUUUAAUACCCCAGAGGGAAAAUUAUCACCAUAUAAGUCAAUUAGGCAUCUUAGAGAACUUGAAAUAAACUAUCAUUAUUUGGGAGGCAAAGCCUAAUGUGAAAUCAUUUUGUACUAUCUCAGCACUUGUACAAGUUUAAAAUCCUUCAAAAUGAAGUAUCUUAAGGCUGAUAAAAUCCCUACUACUGAAUUCAAAGCUUAAACUAGUAUAUUUAAUCCAGAAGAAAAAAACUAAAAAUAUGAAGAAAAACUCAAAUAAUUGUUUGAUGCCUUAUCUUCUUGCCUGAAUAUUGAAGUAUUAGAGAUUGACAUGAAAGAAUGCUAUUAUAAUAGAGACUUUUUUAUUUUUUCUGAAAUCCUAAGAGCUUUGCAGUAAAACUAGCAUAGUCGCAUUUAAACCUUAGAGUUUAAUAUUAUACCUAUAAAAAGAACUUAAGUUUUAGAUUAAUUAGUACAGAGUAAUUUUUCACUUUAUAUGGAAAGUCCUCUUGAUCAAGCUAGAUAUGACAUAGAAAGAUUAUAUGAAACAUUACCAAAUUUAAUGAAAUUAAAGAGAUUUACCACUAAUCUUUAACUGAACAUUGAUAAAAUCUUUGAAUUCCUAUCAAAUAGAAACAAGAAGUUAAUAUUGCAUUUAAAUGGAAAUAAGAUUACAAAUGAGACAUUAUUAGAAUAUAAUUCCAUGUUUCCAUAACAUGAAAUUUACUCAAAUUACAAAUCGCUUACAACAUGA